GAAUAGCGAAAAAUAAAAUUUUGCACAGUCAUUGAAAUUUCGUAUAAGUUUUAUCAAAACACAAAGAAUAUUAACAUUUUUUGGAUAUUUUAGUAUAUUUAUUAUAGAUAGCGUAUAGCAUUUUUUAAUUUACACGUGCGAAAACUUUGAAGAUACACUGCAAUUUUUAUCGAUGCUGAUGCUAUAAACUACACUUUUUUAGCAAGCAAACAAAACAAUGGACACCGGAGCAAAUGCUGAAAUUGAGCUUCUGGAGCGAGUGCUGCUGCGACUGGGUAAUGCAGACACCGAUGAGAAAUUAGAAGCAGCAGUGAGUAAAUUUCUGACACCAGUCAUUCUAAAAAUUAAUUCGCCUCACAAUGUGGUUAGAACAAAGGUUGUAGAAGUGUUGACCCAUAUUAAACGGCGAUUGACUUCACGGGGUCAAAUUCAAGUACCGGUGGAGGCACUCCUGGAUCAGUAUGCUCUACCCGAUAGUACAACAUUUCUUAAAAACUUCGCCAUUAUUUUUAUUACCAUGGGAUAUCCACGUCUGCAAUUGGAGCAGCAGGCGGCCUUGGCUGCCAAAGUGGUGGGCUGUGAGACCAAGAUGGAUAACUAUCAAGACAAGCUGUUCGGUCUGUUGCUGCCCAUUUUGGGUGACCUCAAAAUACCCGAAGAUCCGGCGCAGCGAAAUAAGCUUCUCAAUCUCCAGGAUAAGCCAGGAGUCAGUUCGAAUUUUCUAUCACUACUGCAAGAUGUGUUACUCCUGCCCUAUGGUGUAACACAGGAUCAAGAUGUGCCACCUGGCCUAAGUCCUUAUAGUUUUAAGCGCAUCAUUGCCAACAAUUGGAGAGCCGAGGAAUUGGAAAAAGUUAAGAAGGGCAUUGUACGUUUCCUUUGUGCCGGAGUUUUUACGGAAGUGGAAAGCUUUAUAUUAUUGGUGCUGGCCUCAGCGGACACCCGCUUCAGCGUAGCUACGCCAGCUAUCACAGAAUUGAGCAAAGUUUGCACUAUGCUGGAUUUUCAACAGCCAGUUGUGACCGCUCCAUUGUACACCCUUUACAUUGGUAACCAGAAUAGCUUAACAGAACGCCAGACUCGACCAUGUUGUGCCCGAGUGCGCCAGAAACUUUUGCAGCAUCUAAUUAGGUGCCGCGGCAAAAGCAUCAAUGUGUCCAAAGGUCUACAAGUGAUAUUCGAUACGUUAUUUGGAACAAAUACGAAUCAAAAGUGCAAAGUCUUGGCCCUACAGUUUGUGGAACUUGUCCUAAAAGACGGACCUCGGGAAUUGGUGUCCAAGGUGUCGAAGGUAAUUCUGACGGGCAUUACCAAGGUUAUUGGACGUGGCGACUCAUCGGAGCCGAACGAUGUGCAGAAUGCCGCCUACUCGGCAUUGGCUCAACAUGCACGUAGUUUCCCCCAGGAUGUCAGUCAGGAUCUUAAACUUGUGUUGGGCUAUUUUCAAAACUUAGCCAACUGUGCCCCAGACUUGCAUUCAUCUAUACGCGAGGCUUUGGUCUCUAUGGCACCAGCAUUUGCCUGGAAAACCAAAGAGAAAGCCGAAGCAUCAAUGGAUGUGGAUGACGAACAGACUGCCGAUUCGUGGGAGGUACAACUGGAUGGGCAGCAACAUCUAUUGCUGGCCAUGCUGUUGGACAAUGCAGAGUCAAAAAUUCAAAUUGUCCAAAAUGUAACGAGUGUUUUUCUAACAAGUUGCUAUCCAGAAUAUUAUGCUCCUGCUCGAUAUCUACUCCUGCUUAUUGCCGGUGAACGAAACUCAUUGAGAGAGAAUGUUACCUCGUAUUUGUAUGGAACUUCGAAAAAGGAUCAUGUCAACUAUAGUUUCAUUUCAUCCAUUGAGCAACGUGGAACACGCCACUUGAGCGAAUCCAUUGCCGAUUUCAAUCAUUUGUCCAUGGAACAACGUCGUGUAGUAUUGCCCAGUUUUUCGGUUAUGAUGUCGCAUGUUCAUGAAAUGGCUCAGAAACGUCUAAAGAAGAGUACUUCUGGUGGAGGAGUUGUGGUUGUGGGCAAAACCAAAUUACCCUUUACCCUGGACGUCUACGAAGAGUUGCUCGACUAUCUAAGGCUAUGCUUGUGGUAUUCUGCCGAUAUAGUAGGUGCCCCUGGUGAUGAGAAGCAUACCCAAAAGUUGAGCAAAUAUAUCAGUUUGAACUACGAAGAGGACGAGAAUAAUCCCAUUCAUCAGUAUGUGCAAUUUGUUCAACGCAGUGUCGAGGCUAAAAGAACUGAAUCCAAUUUACUUGGUCUCUAUGAUCUGUUAAAUGCUGCACCACAAUUGUUUGCAUCUAAGCAGCUGCAUUUACUAGAACCGCUGGGCAACUCGCUGAAAGAUGUUUCUGAGACAAUGCGCAAUAAUGUGGCCCAGGUCUAUGGUAUUCUAUGGGCCUAUGGACUCCCCGAUGAUAAACUAAAUGAGGAAGUGAGUGAAUGCCUGCGCAAGCUGUCUCAGUCAUCUCUGGAACAUAAGCAUGGGUUACUCCUUGUGCUGGGACACACAUUGAAUCGAAAGAUCAGCUUGCAGUUAACACAAAAGAAGGAUGCAACGUCAAAACCAAAGGACUAUGCCGAAUGGCCACAGUUUGUCGAUGCUAUUAAAUUUAUUGCUAAAUCUCUGUGUGAAUCGCAAUGGCUUCUGGUGUCAGCCGCAGUUAAAUGCAUCUCGAUGAUUGGAAAGACUGUUGAGAUACCCAAUGUGCAGGUGGAAAUACAAUUACCUAGCUCCAACACCAGUGACAGUUCCAACACAAUUGCAGAUGAUGACGAGGAGGAGUAUCGCAGCAUUGAGUCAUCAACCAAACUGAUUAUAUUUGGUGUAGUCUUUCAAUUGCUGCGUAGCACUUCGGCACGUCAAAAAAUCCGCGAAGAAUCAGCCAAAUGCUUGGGAUAUUUGGCCAUAGGUGAUGGAGAUCAUUUCACCAAACGAAAUCUUCAGAAAUUUCUCACCUUGGCCAAAGUACAAAAGGAUGCGGCACUUAAUAUAGCAAUAUCAGAGGCCAUUGUCAAUACUCUGUGUGGAUAUGACGUGAAUAAGGGAAUUCCGAGUGAAAAUUUCAAUAAUCCCCAUUGCACGAAUGCCGACUUUGAGCAGUUUUUGAAUUCUUUAAUAGCUCUGGUCACCGAACCAAAUCCUAAUUCACGGCAAGCCAUUUCGGUGUGGCUAUUGGCGGUUGUCAAACACUGCAGCCAUCGUCCAGCGGUGCACAAUAAGAAACAAUUGCUGCAGUUUGCCUUCACAGAGUUACUUUCCGAUGAUAGUGAAUUUGUGCAGGAUGUAGCCUCAAGAGGUCUAGGUCUGGUCUACGCUCUCUCCGAUGCUGGCAGUCAAACUGAUUUAGCCAAUUCUCUUUUGGAUCAGCUGAUUGGAGGCAAACGCAAAGUUAAUCAGGUUACUGGCGACACCGAACUCUUUGCCGAAGGAAUGCUGGGAAAAACGCCAACUGGCGGCAACAUCACAACCUACAAGGAACUCUGCUCUCUUGCCUCGGAUCUUAAUCAGCCGGACAUGAUCUAUCAGUUUAUGCAGCUGGCUAAUCAUAAUGCAGCCUGGACCAGUAAACUAGGAGCGGCCUUUGGACUGAAAACACUCUCCGCCGAAUCCAAACAAAAAAUGCAGCCUUAUUUGGGCAAGAUUAUUCCACGGCUGUAUCGCUACAAAUACGAUCCGACGCCAAAAAUUCAAAACUCAAUGAUCUCGAUAUGGGAUACGAUUGUCACCGAUUCCAAGGAGACAACGGAGCAAUAUUAUUGGGAAAUUCUGAGGGAAUUGUUGGAUAAUCUCACCUUCAAGGAAUGGCGUGUUCGUAUUGCAUGCUGUCUGGCUGUAAGAGACCUUCUGAAGCGACCCAAUGGUUUAAGACUGCGUUCGGAAGACCGUUUACGACCAAAAUCCAGCGGUGGCACUACACCUGAUCCCCACAAAAUGGAUGUAGACGAUGAUGUACCCGAACCGGAGUUAAAAGAACUCUGGGUACAACUAUUCCGCGUCAUGGAUGACAUUCACGAAGGAACCCGCAUGACAGCACAUGGCACUGCCUCAUUCUUGGGUAAAUUAUGUGUGAUUGCAUCGUCCUCGGAGCAUGGCAAAUCUGGCACAGCCGUGUCCACAUCUAUACUACCCUUUUUGUUGGAGACCGGGGUGGGCCACAAGGUUAGCGAUAUCCGAAAAGUGAGCAUCAAGACCAUUUCCGACAUGAUAGACUCAUCGGGAGCGUUGAUAGCGCCGCAUUUGGUUACGCUAAUCCCAUGCCUGUUGCGAGCAACUGGCGAAUUGGAGAACACAAAAUUAUCAUACGUCUCAACCCGACUUGGAGCUGAUCACGAGGCCCAGGAAGCCAUAGACACGCUGCGUGCCGAAGCCGCAAAAUCACAUCACACCAUGGAGACGAUCAAUAAAUGUGUACGCUUCAUAGAUUAUCCUGAACUGGAGAAAAUGACCCCAGAAGUGCUGGAGUUAAUGAAAUCCAGUGUAAAUUUGGGCACCAAAAUUGGUUGUGCUCAUUUUGUGUGUCUGGUCAGCAUACGCCUUGGCAAGGAAAUGUCCCCGGUGGUCGGCAAAUAUAUUCGUGCCUGCUUUGUCGGUAUCAAGGAUCGCAAUGCCACUGUUAGAAAGUACAAUGCCACGGCCAUUGGUCAUCUACUUGGUUUGGCUAAGGAACAAUCCAUUAAGAAUUUGUUUGCCAAAUUGGAUGAACUCUAUACAGAGCAGCCAAACAAUCGUUCCAUUGCCCUGACCAUCCAAUCAAUUAACAAGCGCCAUCACGAGUUGCUUAAGGAUUACAUGGACAGCAUGAUACCAUUAGUAUUCUUUGCUAUGCAUGAGGAAGGCAUGGACGAAAACUCCAAGGCCAAUGUGGAAUUGUGGAAGGAUCUUUGGAACGACAUUUGUCCAGGUGAUGCGGGCAUACGCCUUAAUUUGAAUGUUAUAAUUACCAAAUUGGAGGCUUCAUUGACCGAUGUCAGUUGGUCACGUAAAUCUCAGGCAGCCAAUGCCAUACAAACGAUUGCUACACGUCUAGCCAGCAGUUUGGAUGAGGCUGAGAGAGUGCGCCUUAUCAAGCUGUUACUCACAGGCCUCCAAGGACGAACUUUCCAGGGUAAGGAACGACUGCUACAAGCGCUAGCUGCUCUCUGUAAAAAUUUGAAUCCGAAGCAUGAGAUUUCCCCGAGUAUCAUCGAUGCUGCAUUGCGAGAAGCACGUAAACGAGAGCCCACUUAUCGCACCUUAGCUUUGGCUGCUCUAGGUGACAUACUCGAGCAACUAGAGGCAGACCGAUUCGAAGAGGUUUACAACAUGAUAUGGAACCUACUCGAAAAGAAGGAACUGCAUGAAGAUGAUGACGAUGAUGGAGACGAUGGGUCGAACUCCAGCAAAGACCUAAGUGCUGACGAGCGGAACAAGCGGGCUCAAACUCUAAACAAACUUAAGGAAGUUGUUUGGGAAACAUUGGGUAAAUCGUGGCCAAAACAUGCCAUUGAAACACAAUAUAAAUAUCAACUCAUCCUUGCCGAGAACUGCUCGAAAAUAUUGGCGGAGAGCACUCGCCCAGUUCAAGUAAGUCUGAUGGCUGCCCUGUGCAAGUACGUCGAGCGUCUACACAUUUUUGAAGAUUCCUUGCCCAACCAAGAGAAGAAGAUUAAGACAGAUCAGCCGAUGCCUGCAAUCCUUAACCAAGAGGACAUUGUCCAGAAGAUUUGCAAUGAUAUUCUUGCCGCUGUCACUAUGGCCGCUGGCGUGCCACACACUGGUCUGAAAAAGGAGGCGCUCAACAUUAUAUUGAUGCUCAUCAAGCGUCUCAGUGUGCCCAACGAUCAACAGCAUCUGGAUUUGGUUAGGCUAAACUUUGAAUUGAAUCUGGAGAAAUUUCAACGGGACUCGGCCCCCGAAGUGCGUUGUCGCAUCAAGGACAUUGAGGAUAAGCUCGGCAAGUUGGAUGCUAGCCAAUAAGUCAUGAAAAUGUACAUGGUAUUUGGGCAGGACAUUGAGUGAAUAAAAAGACAGAAUGUUUAAUUGAAAA